GUGUGCGCAUGCGGAGGUCAGGGUUGACAGUCCGUCUCCACAGUCGUGGAAGGAGUGUGGCGGCUAAGCUAACUGCAACCAUCGUAACUAGCUACAUGUGGAGGGUAAAACGGGAGGCAUCCCCGACCCCAACUCUUUCCAGUUUCUCACCUUUUACCCGAAACAACUUCAGAGUUCAUACUCUUCGAAAAUAAGGGAUAUCAUCUCUUUAAAAUGAAAGGUAGCCGGAUCGAGCUGGGGGACGUUACGCCCCACAACAUUAAGCAGCUGAAACGCCUCAACCAGGUCAUCUUCCCCGUCAGCUACAACGACAAGUUUUACAAAGAUGUGCUGGAAGUUGGAGAGCUUGCAAAGCUAGCGUACUUCAAUGACAUUGCAGUGGGUGCUGUGUGCUGCAGAGUGGACCACUCUCAGAACCAGAAGAGACUGUACAUCAUGACACUUGGCUGUCUAGCACCCUACCGUAGACUUGGAAUUGGUACAAAGAUGCUUAAUCAUGUGCUAAACAUCUGCGAGAAGGAUGGAACUUUUGAUAAUAUUUACCUUCAUGUGCAGAUCAGCAAUGAGUCGGCCAUUGACUUUUACCAGAAGUUUGGCUUUGAGAUUAUUGAGACAAAGAAGAAUUACUACAAGAGGAUAGAGCCUGCAGAUGCCCAUGUGUUGCAAAAGAGCCUGCGCAGUCCUUGUGCACUGCCCAGUGGAGAGCUUCAGAAGUCAGAGUAGGGGCACAGCGUUCGGAAAAGGCACUAAUGUGGCCACCUCCACAGAAACAGAACUGUGACAAAUGCCCCAGGAUUCAACACUUUCUUCAAAGGACGCUAAAAAGAGAAAACAAAUUUCAAGCAUAAAAGUUGCUGCAUUUAUUUCACAAGGGGGUCCCCUGUUGUUGUUGUUUUUUUUGUUUUUUUUUUCUUCAAAUUUUCUUCAUACUGUUAAUUGACAAUGACAAAAAGCUAAGCAUCCUAUAGUGCUCCUGUUGACAAAGUUACCAACUUCUGACAGUUGACAUGGUGGAGGGGGAAAGAUUUGGAGUUUUCAAAUCACAUUGUUGUGUUUUUUUUUUUUUUUUUUUUUGUUUUUUAAAUGCGGUUAUUAAAGCUGGAGGGGACAUAUCUAUGCUGUUGAUCAAAGGAAAUCAGUUGGUUUGGAAAGUAAAGGGAAAAAGUGCUUGAAAGACCAUCCCCCGACACAAAUGCAGUCCCAGGUGGUCAGCUUGGAGUGAUACUUGAGAUAUGUGGAACAGACAAAGCUCUAUUCCUGCACCACCUGAAUCUUUGGACUCAUGAGAAAUGAGUCUGACCGGUUUGUUGUGUCCGGGGGGGCAGAAAUGCGUCCCCUCAGUACAGGAGAAAGGGGAAAAGCUUGACGGUUUUGUGGCAGUGGGAAGAUGCGUUCAGUACUUUUAAUUUUUAAAUAUUUCCAGGCUGUUAUUUAAAUCCCCCUUCAACUAGUCUGUUAUUUUUAUUUUCCACACUGAGAUGGCAAAUGGUUCAGAGGUUCUCCUGGGUUUAUCACAAAGAGUGAAAAUAUAAAGGAACGAGAGAACCAAACAAAUGUAUUGAAUGUGUUAUGAAUAACAUCAGAUCGAUUUGGAUUUGGGCAUUAUUUUCAGUAGUAUGGUGGAGGUGUUUGUGGAUGCUUGUUUCUAAAUAUAUACAAGUGUUUUGAGACAUACCUUAAACACCUUUGGCACCUUAUGUAGCCAUCUUAUGACAUUGGUCUUCUCAAACUUCCUGCCACAGUGAGCUUCAGUGAUUACACAAACUUUCAGCUGAAAGUUUUGGAGUUUUGCUAUGAUCUCUUAACAGUGUAUUACCCAGAGGAAGCUCUGACACCUGUGCAUGCAAGGAGAGUUGUGUCCUCUCCACUGUAGUAUACGCAUGUUUUCAUUUCUUUGGAGAAUUUUAUCUUUUCUGGAGCUCUAUAUUGUAAGACUUUUUAACGUCUAAAUGAAUAAAUUACUAUUUGCAGUAAAAGUUGUGUUAUGUUUUGACAUUAUGAAUAUUUAGUAUAGAAAUUGGGUUUUUUUUGUGUGUGUGUGUGUGUGUGUGUGUGUGUAUGAUUUAUGUCUCCCUCUGCCUUAAACUCUUCCUUGGAUGCUUAUAGGUGUUGUGAUUGGAUAUAACCUCCUACCUCUGGAAUGCUAUUGGCUUUCAGGACUGCGUACGGCCCGCCCCUUUCAGCACUAAGUUAGGUUAUUCAGAUUGUUUUGGGAGAUGAGUUGAAAGCUUUGCUAGCUAAUAGUUAGCCUCCAAUUUUUAAAGUUCUUACAGGAACAGCGGUCUCCAAAAUGUCGAGGCUAAAGGUUCGUGAAAACUACUCUCUGUAAGCAGCAUUUGUGUGAGCACGGCCGAGAAGCGACUGGCGUUGUUCUGCUUAAUAAUCAUGUCGGUGUCGAUAAGCUAAGAUAGCUGUUAGCCUGCUAGCUAUCAGAAAGCUAGCUGAACAGGUAAUUGCUUAGGUUUCUUUGCAGGUUUAAAUAUAUGAACAUCGCUCGCUGCCGAUAUUGUUACACAAGCCCAGGAGAAAGAUCUGUUUAAUCACUUCGUGUAACACUCUAAUUAUUUUGUAACGUGUCGGUAAGUGUUUUUAUCUAAAUGAGUAAAGAUAGGGUAAUUACACUAGCUUGUUAGCAUCUGGUAGUAGUAGAGGCUGAGUGUAGCUUGACAGAUUUAAUACUUUUAUAUCUGCUAUUGUAUGAAACAGUAUGAGCUCAUCACUAGUGUAUCUGUACUAUUUUUCUCAGCUGAUACACAGCGGUGUGUUGACAGUGCUCUUAUUUAUAAUCAAUACACUGUUCGGAUGCUUUAUGUUUUGCUUGCAGCAGGACGAGCACGGAAUGGAUUUUAGGUCCAGCUGUUGAUGUGUUGACUGGUACCUUAUCAUACAGGCAACUGUGAGGACAGGAUGCCAGAGAUGACUGAAACUCAGACACCUGGCCGUAAACCCAA